AUGAUUUCUUAUGAAAAAGAACAAGGAAGAGAAGUACUGAAUUUCAUCAGACAAGAAAUGACAAAAAUGAAAGUUGAGAAUGAAAUUGUCAUUUCAUUUAUUUAUUGUUGUUUAAAUAGAAUUAAAGGUACAAAGAAGGAAUAUUAUGAACUUGUUCAGAGAUAUACUUCACCAAGAAAUAGUAAUGAAGCACUACUUUAUGUUCAUUAUAAUCUUCUUGAAAUAAUAGAAUGUAUGAAAGGAAAGAAAGAAGAAGAAACAAUUAAAUAUCUUGAAGAAAGUAAUUCAGUUUUAAGUGAAUUUCCAAGAGAUACAACAAAUCCAAACAGUUUAUGGAAAGUAUAUAAUUUUGAAAUUGAAUUAAUAGACAUUCAAAAAUUACUUAAUGAAAUAAGUUUAUGUUUAAUUGAAGAUAAAAUAGUAAAUAAGAAUAAUAAAAGAGUGAUUGAGAAAGUUAUUGAAAUGAUGAGGUUAUUAUGUGAUAUAAUUGAAGAAUAUCUUAUUAAGUUUAAUAAAAUUAUACCAAGAGAAACACCAAAAGAAAUAUAUUUUAUUGCACAAAUAAUAGAAAAAUUUGAAGUACCUAAAUAUAUUGGAAAAAUAUUAAUAAGAAUAACAGGAAGUGCAAUAUAUCAAAGAGUAUCACUUCUUGAAAUAACAAGAAUUUAUAGAUGCUAUUCAGGAAUACUUAAUAUUACAGGAACAGAAAUUUUUAAUAUCUUUUAUAAAACUGGAUAUAAAUUAUAUCAAGAAAAAAAAUACUCUGAGGCAAUUAUUGUUCUUAACACAUUCUUUUCACUCAAAAAAACAACAUUUAAAGAGUUUGAAGAUAAACAUCUUUCAGAAGCAGAAAAAAUAAUAAUGUUAUCAAGAAAAGCAAUUGGAAGAGAAGAAGAAGGAAUUAGUAGUUUAAUAGAAGGAAUUAAGAAAUUGGAAGAUAAAGAAAUAAUAGAAAAAUGGAAGAGAAUGAAAAAAAUAGAUGAUAUAAUGAAUAGAACAGUAGAAACAGAAUAUUGUGUAGAAGAGAUUUUAGGUAGUUUAGAAAGAAAUGGAAGUAAAAUAACAAGAAAAACUAUUAUAGAACUAUUAGAUAUUGGAAUUACAUUUGAACCAAUGAUAAUAAAUAAUAUAACAGAAAAUAAAAAGAAAGUAAUAAAAAGAAUAAUUCAAGAAAUGCAAAAAUAUUAUAAAGAAAAACAUAUAGUACCAUUUGAAGUAAUUAGAUUUGAAGUUUAUGAAAUAAUUAUUGAAAAUGAUAUAAACAAAAAAGAAAGAAUAGAAAAUAUUAUUGAAGAAAUUAAGAAGAAAGAAGAAGAACAAAUAUUUAAUAAAACACAAGCAAUUAAUAUUCUUAUUACAUUAGCAAAAUGUUAUUAUUUUAAAUAUGUGAUAAGUCUUUAUAAUAAAGAAAGCAAAAAUAGUGAAGACAUUAUUGAAUUAAUGAAAACACUUAAAUAUUUAAGCACAAUUAAUCAAAAAUGCAGUGAAGAAGAAAUUAAUAAACACAAAAUGGAAAUAUUACCAAUGAUAAUUAUUGUAACAACAUUAUUUGAAAUGUAUGGAGACAAAACAAAUCAAUUAAGGUGUGUUGAAAAUAUCAAAGAAAUAAUAACAAAGAUUUCAAUAACAAAUGAAGAAAGAAUCAGUUGUUAUUUAAAAGUUAUAGAAUGUUAUAUUUCAAUGGGAUAUAUAAAAAGUGGGGAAAUAAUAAAUGAAAGAAUUGAAAAGAUUUAUAAAGGAAUGAAUAUAGAAGAAGAAGGAAUGAAGAAUUAUAUUAUGUAUUUAAUUAUGAAAAUAAGAAUUAGUAUUGAAAGGAUUAAUCAAGAAGAUGGAAGUAUUAAUAAUAUAAUUAAUGAAAUAAAUAUACUAGUUGAAAAUGAGAGUUUUAAGAAAAGAAGUACAGAAUGGGAAAGAGUUGUAAUAGAAACAAAACUAAAAGAUGUCAUUAGUUUAUAUUAUUGUAAAAUAGGAGAAUAUAAUAAAGGAAUUGAAUAUAGGAAAAGAGCACUUUGUUUAAUGAAAAGUAUAACGGAAGUAAGAAAUAAAGAAAUUAAAACAAAGAAAGGAAUAUUCUUUUAUACAAUAUAUUCAUUCAUUGGAAAUACAAUUGAAUCAUAUUUAAACUAUGGAUGGAUAUUUGAAAUAAAAAAUAAAUAUAAAGAAGCAAUGAUGUGUUAUGAAGAAGCCGAAAAAAUAGGAAUAGAAACAGGAAGUUUGUUACGAAUUAUAGAAAUAAAAACACAUAAAGGAGAAUUAGAAAUGAAAAAGAGAAAUUAUGAAGAAGCAAAAAAAGAGUUUAAAGAAAUAGAUAAUAUUUCAAGUAAAAUUAAAAAAUAUGUUUCAGUUAAAAGAAAUAUGAUAAUGACAUUCAUGGAACUAGGAGAUUUAUAUAGAAAAACAAAGCAUUAUAAUACAUCAAUGGAAUAUUAUCAAGUUGCAAAAGAAAUAAUAAACCAAUUACUUCAAGAAAAUCUUAUUGAACCAUUUCCUUUAAUACUAAGAGAUUCAACUCAAAGAGAGUAUUUAGUUAGACAAUCUUUAAAAGGAAAAAUUGAAAGAACAAGCACAGAAAAAGAAGUAGAAAAAGAAAAUAAUAAACAACCUAGAAAUAUGUCAGAAGCAUAUCAAGAAAUCAAAAAUCGAAUAUUAUAUAAAAUAAUUAAACUAAAUACAAUUAAUACAAGAAAUAAUACAAAUAGUAUUCAAGAAUAUAAAACAUUAUUAAAAUCACCAUUUAAUUCACCAAUAACAAAGGCAUGUAUUUUAAAUCAAAUUGGGAUUAAUCAACUAGAAAAAGGAGAAAAGAAAGAAGGACUUAAAACAUUUGAAGAAGCACUUUCAAUUGCUGAAAAGUAUUGUGAAGCAACACUUAUUCAUUGUAUUAUGCAUAAUAUUCUUAGAUGUAAUGUUUUAAAUAAUAAGAAAUGUUAUUAUCAUGCAAUGUCUAUUGGAAUUACAUAUAGACAAAGAGAAAGUACAAAAUAUGGAAUAAGAAUAGAAGAAAAUACAACAAUUAAAGAUAUUGAUAAAAAUUUACCAAAAGAAUGGACAAUUAUUU